GGGCGGGAGGAGUCGCACGCCAGAGCGGGCGGAGGAUCCGCUGCGGAGUUACGGGAAAGUUGGUCCGAGUUCCUGGAGUUUCCCUCGGCGGUUGCCCGGCCCAGCCGGCCGGUGCCCUAGCUCCGUUUCCCCUUACAGCCUUCUCCGCCUGCUUGCUCCUUGCUUCUGUCCCCAGCCGCCAUGGAGCAGCCGCCAGCACCCAAGAGUAAACUAAAAAAACUGAGUGAAGACAGUUUGACUAAGCAGCCUGAAGAAGUUUUUGAUGUGUUAGAGAAGCUUGGAGAAGGGUCUUAUGGGAGUGUAUUUAAAGCAAUACAUAAGGAGUCUGGUCAAGUUGUGGCAAUUAAGCAAGUGCCUGUUGAAUCAGAUCUUCAGGAAAUCAUCAAAGAGAUUUCUAUAAUGCAGCAAUGUGACAGCCCAUAUGUUGUAAAGUACUAUGGCAGUUAUUUUAAGAACACAGACCUCUGGAUUGUUAUGGAGUACUGUGGAGCUGGCUCUGUCUCAGACAUAAUUAGAUUACGAAACAAGACAUUAACAGAAGAUGAAAUUGCAACAAUUCUUAAAUCUACACUGAAAGGACUAGAAUAUUUGCACUUUAUGAGGAAAAUACACAGAGAUAUAAAAGCUGGAAAUAUUCUCCUCAACACGGAAGGACAUGCAAAAUUGGCAGAUUUUGGAGUGGCUGGUCAGUUAACAGAUACAAUGGCAAAACGCAAUACUGUGAUAGGAACUCCAUUUUGGAUGGCUCCUGAGGUAAUACAAGAAAUAGGCUAUAACUGUGUGGCAGAUAUCUGGUCUCUUGGUAUCACUUCUAUAGAAAUGGCUGAAGGAAAACCUCCUUAUGCUGAUAUACACCCAAUGAGGGCUAUUUUUAUGAUUCCCACAAAUCCACCACCAACAUUCAGGAAGCCAGAGCUUUGGUCUGAUGAUUUCACCGAUUUUGUUAAAAAGUGCCUAGUGAAGAGUCCUGAGCAGAGAGCUACUGCAACACAACUUUUACAGCAUCAUUUUAUCAAGAAUGCAAAACCUGUAUCGAUUUUAAGAGACCUGAUCACAGAAGCUAUGGAGAUCAAAGCUAAAAGACAUGAAGAACAGCAGCGAGAACUAGAAGAGGAAGAAGAAAAUUCGGAUGAAGAUGAGCUGGAUUCCCACACCAUGGUGAAGACUGGUUCAGAAAGCGUGGGCACAAUGCGGGCCACAGGCACAAUGAGCGAAGGGGCCCAGACCAUGAUUGAACAUAAUAGCAUGAUGUUAGAAUCGGACUUGGGCACCAUGGUUAUAAACAGUGAGGAUGAGGAAGAAGAAGAUGGAACGAUGAAAAGGAUUAGAAAGCUACCACUACUACUGUAACCACUCCUCAGGACCUGUGAAGCUGGUGACUGGAUGCUGGAAUGCUGCUGUAAAGACCCCGUGUCUCCAUGACUGUGCUUGCCAGAAGGAAACAACUCAGAGAGCAGGCACAUGGCCUCUGCUCAUUUCUUCCUUUUCAGGUCGUGAAAGAGUGCACUUAUCAAGAACCCUAGCGACAAGGGGUUCUGGGAAAUGUAGUAUUUAGCUUUCCAGCCUCUAUACUAAGAAGGUUUACCAGAAGCAGGUGGCAGUGGUUGCUAAAUCUUACCCAGCCACAGUGUUAAAUCAUUGUCAACCAGGAGAUUUCUCAUUGUGUGCUCUAGGCCUAGCCUCAGCCCUGGGUAACUCAACAUUUUCCAGAGAAACUUGGAUGAAUUUAUAACUGCAGAUGACGUGAAGUGCAGCAAAAUAAGAGUACAUUCUAAGACAGAAUCAGGAUUUUAAGAGAUCGCCACAGUUGGGAGUAGUGGGCUUGAUUUACAACAUAAACCCUGCUUUUGAGUCUGAAUAACUAACCUCACAAGUAUAGCCUUUCAGAUGCUGGUCAGUAGCCCUUCAGACACUAAUUCUGCAGACCCUUGCAGGGUCUGGGCAUCUCUAUUUAAAAAGUAAACAAUAACCAAGAAAAGCUCCAUGAAUGCUUCUGAGUUACAGCUAGGGCUGAUAACUACUUUUUAGGACAAGGAAAUAAGCAGCUUUACUCUCUUAGUACCCAGAACUCAUCUGGAGUAUUGUGUUUAGAACUCACUUGGAGAAUUUAAGACAUGCAGAUAAAUUGGAGUACCGUCAGUGGAGAGGAAGCAGGAUGGGGAAGUAAAUGGAAACUUAUAUAAAGAAUGGAUGGUAGAAUAACUAGUCAUGUUUAAGGCUUUAUUUGAUUUAUUUAUGUUAAUCUUUCAUAGCUCAAUUUAUCAGUUAUUAUAUACUGGCUUAAGUCAUUUUAAGUGAAUACGUAUUUUUUAAGUUUCUUCUUUUUAUAUGCCUGUAAUACAUCGUGAUUUUUAAAGCAUAUAUAUAUAUACAUAUAUCACAGUUUGUUGCUUCAUUUUGUACAAUACAUGUAUGCAGUUUCACUUUUAAUUAGUAAGAGAAAGUGAACGAGGAACUGACCAUUGUGGAUUCCCACUCCCUAGUUCAUCUAUUGUCCCUAGACAAAAUUUUAAGUGUGAGACAACUCGCUCUUAGUAUCCGCUUCCAUGUUCUGUCCUCUGCUUAGAAACAUCUUCUCCACUCUUAGCUCUGGUUCAGAUCCUUUCUUUCCUUCUUUUUCUCAAAGCUCAUUGCAGAAAGGAAUCAGAUAUUUUUUCCUCACCGAGGUGUAAAAUGCCUAAUAAUGCCAAAUGAAAUAUUUACAUUUUUUCCCAAAAUUACCGAGCCUUGAACCAAAGGAGGAGCCCUGGUAGCUCAGUGGUUAAGAGCUUGGCUGCUAACCAAAAGAUUGGCAGUGUGAAUCCACCAGCUGCUCCUUGGAAACUCUAUGGGGCAGUUCUACUCUCUGUUAUAGGGUUGAAUAGGUUGGAAUGGACUUAACAGCAACAAGUGUGUUUGUUUGGUAAGUUGUUUGGUUUUGAACUAAAGGACUAAUCACUAAGGAUGGAAUUUCAUGUCAAGAAACAAUUAACAAGGGUAGGAAAGUAUGUAGGGGGAUCACUUUCCCAGUUCUCCAGAGCCUUCACCAUUCUCUCAUUAAAAACUUGUGUGUGCUUCUUUUAAUCUUGCCUACAACAUGCAAUAAAGAUGACAACAGUAAUCUACAGGUCUCUCUUGUAGUUGGGUACAAAUACCCAUAGUAUUUCUGGGCAGUUAGAAAUCCUUUUUUUUCCUUUACUGAAAUACUAGGUAUCCAGCUAAGGCGUGGCUACAGUGGUUUGGAGUUACCUGUAGUUACUGAGUAUGGCCAGCUCUUACAUGUGGUCUUGGUCUGUGGGAUGUGACCCAGACUGGACCUGCUGGUACAGGUAUUCCAGUUGUAGGAUACCUCUUUAACUAGCACAAAGCGUAGACAAACAUGUAAAUAUUGGUCUUCUUUGCACAAAUGAGAAUUUCUUUCUAGUAAAUGCCGCUGAAGACAUGGUUUCCACAGUCGCACAUAAUGGGUAUUACAGUGUCCAUUACUCUCACAGGAAGCCAUUGCUUUUAUGUAACUAAAAUCCUCAGACUUCGCUUUGUCUGUUUCCUUUUAUUCUGCCCUCAUUGGAGAUGGAAAACAGCUGGUCACUAUUUUCUGUGCAAGAGCCCUUCACAUAUACUUGGGUACUUACUUACUAAAUUCUUCCUCAGACUUUUCUUUUCCUGGCUGAACAAUUUCAGUCCCCUUAAUCUUUGUGCGGGUAUUAUUUUCUAAGCUUUUAGUCUUUUUUAUGAAUAGCCUCUGGACCUUCCCCACGUUGUCUGUGCCCUCCUUUGUUUUAAAAUACAUUCUGAUGAAGUUAUGAAAAAGCUGGAUGUCAGUAGCUUCUGUAUUAACAUCCUGGUUUUUAUAUUUAGUCUCUAUACUCUUGGCAACAAAUUAAAAGGCAAAUUUCCAAGAUCAUUAAUCAGGUGGAACACCCACAUCUUAAAAUAGUUUAGAAGAACAAAUUAGGUAAUAAUGUAAAUCCCUUUGAUGUUGAAAUGUAUUAUGCUGAAGUUACAAUUUAUUAUUAUGUUCUCUACACUUGAGUAUCUUUGUCAUAAUCAUUCCAAGAAAUUAAAAAUUAAACAAAUUACAUUUUAAGUCUUUUAAGAAUUCUUUAUAUUUAAAUUUCCAUGAAGACGUCACCUGUUUAGAAGAUAUGUACAAAUAAGAAAGUUAAUAAAUAAUUGUGGGUGGACUUCUAAAGGAAACCCUGGUGGCGUAGUGGUUAAGUGCUAUGGCUGCUAACCAAAGGGUCAGCAGUUCGAAUCCUCCAGGUGCUUCUUGGAAACUCUAUGGGACAGUUCUACUCUGUCCUGUGGGGUUGCUAUGAGUCGGAAUCGAUGGCACAGGGUUUGGUUUUUUGGUUUGGACUUCUAAAGGUAUUAUUUCCACAGAGUUUACUUUCCUUGUAUAUGUUUUGGAGGGAGCAUGAAGGAGAGGGAAAACAGCCUUUUUCUUUAAAAAUUGACACACACAAAAGGAAGGAGUGGUGAUUUUAUUCUUUUUUGCUAAUGGGUUUUUAGUUCUAUAAGCAAGUGGUUGAAAGAAUUGGGGCCAAAAUUGAGGAACUAGGUAAUUUUGAACUUUAAAUUUAUUAUUAAAAUAUCUUUUAUAAGCCAGGGUCGUUAUUCAGCUGCAACUGGCGAAAUUGAUGUCAAUUUUAUGUGAUUAUUCUUUCUGUGUUUAAAAAAAGUAUUUGCCAUAGCAACCACAAUCACAUAUGACAGUGGUUACUAUCUUGAGAUUUCCUGCUUUACUCUUUUGUUGAAGAGCCCAGGAUUUCUAUUUUCUUUUUUUUUUUAAAUAAAUCAGAAACAUCAUCCUGUCUGUCCCACUUCUGUGAACAUGCAUCUCCCUGGAGACCUGACUGCACAGUGUGGGCAUGUGUUUCAUAUUGUGUUAGUUAAACAUUACAGGGCAAUUACAGCUGUCCCCCUCGCAUUGUCUUUUAAAGCAAACCUAACCUAUCUUCCUCAGAAAUUAAAAAAAAAAAUUCUUUACAUUUUUUUCACAUGUAUAACAAAGGUAUGCUCCAAAUGUUAAUGCUAGAUUUUAAACUAAGCAACAGAAAAUAUUUAGAAGUACAAGUAUAUAACAUUUGAAUAAAAAUUAUGUGUUAAGUAUAACUUGGCUAAAAAUAUCUUGCUAGAAAAUCAUUUGAAAAGAAAAAUGUUAUGGAAUAGACUGUCUUAUUUAAGUUGAUUUUUCAGACUUUUUUGAACUCUUUGUAAGAAUGUUUUAUUUCCAACUUAGGAAUGAAUCAUUUUCUAAAAUUUUGAAUGUGGAACCUAUUUUACCAUAGGUUUUUUAGGUCAGUCUGUAAAAAGCCCUUAAACUGUAAUGUAUCUGAAAUAUAAUGAUAAUUAUACCACUAUGUUUAUAUAUAAUUAUGUAUAUGAUAAAAAAAAACCAGUGCUGUCGAGUCGAUUCCGACUCAUAGCGACCCUAUGGGACAGAGUAGAACUGCCCCAUAGAUAUAUGUGAUAAUUAUACUAUGUUUGAAGUUUCCAGUUGGGAUCACCCUGUGGUAAAAUUGAAGAUUACUGCUCCUUCCACCUCUUCCCAAGUUCUUCACUUGGGAAGAGUAAUGUAUCAGUUAGGGGCUGAAUUUAAUAGUAUAUACCAGAAAAUGUAAAGAAUGAUGGCUUAAAAUAGGAUUAAUUGUUUUUCUCUCUUAACAAGCAACCUAGUGGCACAAUGUCUUAUACUGGUAGGUGAUUUCAUGAUGUUAUCAGAGAUCCUUUUAGUAGUGCCAUCUUUAGAGUUACUUUUGUCCUCUUGCUUACAAAGUGACUGAUAUAUUUCCAGCCAUCGGGUCUGCACUCCAGGCAGAAAGAGAGUGAGAGGAAACAGAAGGGGUGACCUUAUAUCAAGAAAAUGAAGCUUUCCUAGAAACCCUUAUCUUAUGUGUCAUUGGCCAAAAUAAUGUGUGACAUGGCCACUCCUACCCAUGAGAGGCACCUUGCCACCCCAAAUAAGGAAGAGAGGGGCUAUGGAUAUUAGAUAGGCAACUUUUUUGCUUUCAGACACUAGGGCACUAGUGGUGUCUCAAGUGGCCUGGGGUAGAAGUGUCUGAUUAGGAUGGGGUUAGGAGCAAGCACAGGACUGUUGAGGGUGGAAGAGUAAAUUCCUGGCAUAGACUUCUAGACCAAUUUCUUAGUGAUUUCUUUUUCUUCCUUUAGCCAGCCUUGGGAUUGGUCGGCCUCAUCCCUUUCUAUUGCCAUUACUUAUUUCUUAUUGGUCUGGGCUUUCACUUCUCUCUGAGUCAUUGCAGAAAAGAAUACCAUCUGUCUUUUAGCCUUUUCCUUACACUCCAUAUCUCUAAAGGAAGUCCACAAUCCAUGGUUUCGUUCUGAAGGUUUUUAUCAAUAGAUUAAAGUUUUCCCCACUUUAUUCUCUAUAGGGAAAAGGCAACUUUUGAGAUUUUAUUUUCCUCCUUCUGCUUCCCAGUACGUGCUGUUCUUAAUAUAUAGCCAUAUUAGAGUAGCUGCUCUAUAAAUGUUAGUUUCCAGUAGGAAUAAAUCAGUCUUCCAUUUACUCCUAGAAUGCUUUUGGUGAAUUAUCUUAGAUACAAAGCUGUGAACUAACAGUUUUUUAUAUAUAUCUUGACUGUUUAAUUACAGCAGGAGGGUCUUGGUAAAGAUUCUGGAAUAAAGAGUUCCAUACUGCCUAGCUGAGGAGAAAACAGGACUGUGGCAGAGUCUCUGUGGUGAGGUCAGUGCUGGAUAGAAGGAGAAGUAAUAUGAGUCAUGUAGGCCUGGCCCGGUGUGGAAGGAGGAGGAGGACUUGGGGAGGUAUAGUAGUCAGGGUUUUGGUUCCUUGGAAAUGCUGUUUUCUUCAAUGGAUUAACCAGUUGUCCUGGAGGCUCCAUGGGGGUCAGAGUAGAAGUGUACUUCAUAGGGUUUUCCAUGGCUCAUUUUUUAGAAAUAGAUGGCCAUGCCUUUCUUCUGAGGCACCUCUAGGUAUACUCAAACUUCCAGCCUUUUGGUUAGCACCUGGAUUAGUAGUACCAUAAUUUUUUUUUUUUUUAGCCAAAAGACCAAAAUAUACUAAAUUUACUUUUUAAAGAAUCUUAUCUGGAAAUUUGCUUCUAUGAAGCACCUUUUUUAUAUGUUUGCCAAAUACAGCUGAUAAUGGUGGUCUUUCAUGGGUUUUUUUAUUUUCCAAGAGUUAGUUCCCAAUUAAAUACGAACUCUGAUACGAAAUUACUUUUCCCUUAAAAAAAAUGAAAAGAAAAAGAUAUUCAGUGAAGGAUUUCGUUAAAAGUUUCUUUCUCUCUCUCUUCCUACUUCUGUCCUUAAAAUUUGAGUUACUGCAGUAUUUUACAGAAAAUCAAGCUAUACUUGUAAUGUUUUAUUUAUUUUCCUAAAAGGGGGCAGAGGUGGAGAAUAAUUGAGGUUAAAUUCCAGACUGUAUAACCUCAGGAUAAGAGGUUACCAUAGGAACCAAAUCUCGAUUCUGAAGAGAGGAGAAUGUCUUGUAACAUCAAGACCCAGAAAAAAAUAGAGGGUCCUUAAAAUCUGUUGAAAAUGUUAAGGGAAUGUGUGUGUCCAGUCUAAGUGUCAGUAAUGUAACCUUGUCAGAUUAACCAAUUUCUUUUCUUUUUUUUUCAACUAUAGGGGAGGAGGUUGAAAAUAAAACACUGUAAAUACAAUAUCCUUAUUUUAAACAUAUUUAUUGAUCGUUAAAAUAUUACACCUUCUAUAUAUUUUGUUCAUUUUAAAGUCAGUUCCGACAGGGAAGCUGAAGACACUUUUAGCUGUUUCCUGAUGAACUGUCCCUAAAGACUUCCUUUUUCAUGGGCUUUGUAUAUAUAUUUUUUUUUUUGUAUAUGGAAUCUGAGGGUGUUCUAAAUUCUGAAUAUUUGCCAAAAAAUACUGGGGUUUUACACUGUCCUAAUUUUGAUGGAAUGUCUCAGUAUCUUUUCACUUGGUACCAUUUGAGUCCCAGAUGUCUUACCGUAUUUGUUUUCAAGCCCAGUCAGCCCUAACUGGAGGAAGAGUCCUUAGAUGAAUAGUUGUAUUAAAAGUCUUCUAUUUUUCCACUAAAUAUAAAAGUCUUCUAUUUUUCCACUAAUACAUGCAUAUUCUGAAUAUCAGAUUCAUUGACUCAGCUGAGACGUAUCAUUCUUCAUAAUUAUAGAAGUCAUAAUACUUUCUCAAAUUUGUUAUCACCAAUACACAGUCACUAGUAGUGAGAUACUAAUAUAGCCUCUAUUAAUUCAAAAAUAAUGAUGGAAAACACAUGCCAUCUUAUAUUUCCUCCCCCAUGACUAUCAGUCGUGAUCAUCUGGAUUGUUGUUGUUGUUAGGUGCUGUUGAGUCGGCUCUGAGUCAUAGCAACUCUGUGUACAACAGAAUGAAACACUGUGCCAUCCUCAUGAUUGUUGUUGUGCUUGAGCCCAUUGUUGCAGCCACUGUGUCAAUCCAUCUCAUUGAGGGUCUUCCUAUUUUUCACAAACCCUCCACUUUACCAAGCAUGACGUCCUUCUCCAGGGACUGGUCCCUCCUGAUAGCAAGUCCAAAGUAUAUGAGACGAAGCGUUGUCAUCCUGGCUUCUAAGGAGCAUUCUGGCUGUACUUUUUCCAAAAUAGAUUCCUUCAUUCUUUUGGCAGUUCAUGGUAUAUUCAGUAUUCUUUGCCAACACCACAAUUCAAAAGCAUCAGCUCUUCUUCAGUCUUCCUUAGUCAUUGUCCAGCUUUUGCAUGCAUAUGAGGUGAUUGAAAACACUAUGGCUUGGGUCAGGUGCAACUUAAUUCUUAAAGUGACUCUGCUUUUGAACACAUUAAAGAGGUCUUUUGCAGGAGGAUAGAGAGUCAAAACCAUUGAUUAAUAGUCAUAGUUAUCAUCUUAUUUGUGAAAUUUGGUAAAAGAUUUGGGUCCGUGCAUUUAAAAAAAAAUUUUUUUUUUCAUUUAGGGAACUUAUAAUUUAACAAAAGGUAACAGAACACAUUUAGAAGAUAUAAUUCAUAGACUGAAAAAUAAAAAGCAUGUUAUUUUUAUUAAUAAUUAUAUUAUUUCUAUCUUUACAUUGUAAUGAUUCAGUGGAUCAGAGAUUAGGCUCAGCCAUCAAAACACCCAUAAGAAAACAAAAAAGACCUGUGAGUAGGGAUUUUUUAGAAUAACAAAAAUUAGAUCACUUGCAAAUAAGGAACUGCACCUGUAUAAAGAAAAACCUGGUUAACAUAAAAAUAAUCAUUAGCUUGAGAACACGUAAUGAAUAUGAAGUAAUACCUUUGUUUUGAUAAGUAAAAUCAUGUCAUUUUAAGACAAUUAAAUUUUUUUAUACGAACAAACAUCGCCAUUACCACUCCCACUUGUAUUCCCACCUACACAAGUUUACCUAAACACCAAAAUUUACCAGAUAAGACACACAGAGACCUACAAGCUGGAGAAAGGAAAGGGGAGAGAGGAUACUUACCUGACAGUUCCAUGUUCCUCACCCUUAUACUGUCUCCAUAGAGAAGUAAACAAGAUGGUGAUGAGUCUGAAAAACAUGUCACAUGUUUCAGGGACAACCAAGACAAGAGUCAUUAUCUUUGUAUUCAAGUGUUUGAGGGGCUAGUAUAUAAUAAUAAGAAUACUUUAUUUGGAACACUGAGUAUAAAUUCCAGAAGGGCAGAUUUCAAGUUCACAUUUAAAAAGAAAAAAAAAAAAUUGUUUUUGUAACUUAGAGUUACUGUUUUAGGCUGGGUUGUCUAGAGGAGCAAAACUAGUAAAGCAUAUAUAUAUAUAAAUAUAUAUAAACCCAAAAGCCAAUCCUGUUGCCAUCAAGUCUAUUCUGACAUAUCAGCCCUAUGGGAAAGAGUAGAACUGCCCUGUAGGAUACCCAAGGAGCGGCUGAUGGAUUCAAACUGCCGACUUUUUGGUUAGCAGCUGAGCUCUUAACCACUGUACCGUCAGAGCUCCAAAUAUAUACAGAGAGGAGAUUUAUUUCAAGGAAAUGGCUCACGUAGUUGUGGAGGCUGGCAAAUCUCGAAUCCAUGGAUCAAAGUGUCAGAAUAGAAGCUUCUUCUGACUCACACAGUUGCAGGGGGUAAACCCAUUGCUGUCAAGUUGAUUCUGACUCAUAGCGACCCUAUAGGACAGAGUAGAAUGCCCCAUAGGGUUUCCAAGGAGCGGCUGAUGGAUUUGAACUGACAACUUUUUGGUUAGCAGCCAAGCUCUUAACCACUGUGCCACCAGGGCUCCAACUAUAUACAGAGAGAGAGAUUUAUUUCAAGGAAAUGGCUCCUGCAGUUGUGGAGGCUGGCGAGUCCUGAAUCUAUGGGUCAAGUGUCAGACUGGAAGCUUCUCCUGACUCACUUGGUUGCAAUGGGUAAAUCCAUUGCUGUCAAGUUGCUUCUGACUUAUAGCGAUCCUAUAGGACAGAGUAGAACUGCCCCAUAGCGUUUCCAAGGAGCGGCUGGUGGAUUCAAACUGCUGACCUUUUGGUUAGCAGCCAAACGCUUAACUACUGUGCCACCAGGGCUCCUUGCAGGGACUGCUGAACCCAAAAUCAGCAGGUCACAUGUUAGGCUGCUGGCUCAUGGGGCUGUGGGAGCUGGUGAAUCCCAAAAUCUGCAGGUCACGUGGCAGGCUGCUGGUUCACUUCCCAAGAACUGGAGUGUCAGAUGAUGACAAGUCAGAUGCAGGAUGGAGAAAGAGAGCAAGCUUUGCCAGAAUAGCCAUAUAUAUUGGAUGCAGGCCACACCCCCCCCACCCCACCCCACCACCUGGAAACUCCCCUGACAUGAGAUCACAAAAGGGUGGAUAAUUGCAUAAUACUGAGAAUCAUGGCCUAGCAAAGUUGACACAUAACAAUAACCAUCACAGUUACCCAACAGGCUUCCUUGUAAGGAGGUAUACUUUCCAUUACAGGAAAUUUUUAAGAAAACAAUUGCUGUCUGGAGAAGUGUAUAGGAAAUGCCUUCUUGGCAUUGAUCAAGACUUUGCCAGUCAGAUUAAAAAUGUUGUUAUUCCAAGUGUUUAUUUUCUACUUUAAUUGUUUGCUAUUGUAAUAACUUAAAGAUCAACUUAUUUAAGUUGAUAAAAAAAAAUACAAGUAUAUCAUGUGUUACAGAAGUCUUUUCUUCUUGAGUUAAUAACUACCUUUGGCUUUUACUUACUCAGUAUCUUUUUUUCAUUGUUUCCUUCCUCUGUAUGAUAUAUUGCUGCCUACUGAAGAUAGAAGGAUAGGAAAAACACAGGCCUUUCCUUGAAGAACACCCAACAUAGUGGCAGAGAAACAGAGCCUUGAAUAUUCACCCUAUUAACAGCUUUAUGUAAAAAAGUAGCAAAUAGUAAAUGAGAGUUCUGUCACAGGUAUUCUAGAUAUUCUAGGUCCGUAAAAACAUAAAAUAAAAAUAAGCCUAAUUCUGCCUGAGGAAUCUGAGGAGGCUUCUCAGAGGAGACAGUAUUUGAUCUGAAUUUGCAGAAAAUUUCAUAUGAAGAGAAGGACAUAGACAAAGUCGAAAAGUGUGAAACAUGAUGAUACUUUUAGGGACCUGAAAGUAGAUCUGUGAAGUUAAGCGUCUGUAGGGAAAUGGCAAGAGCUGAAACUGGCAUUGUAAGCAAGCAGAUGCCAGAUCCUGAACUGGUUGAGAUGCGUUGUUCCUCCUGUAGAAAGUGAGCCGUUGAAAGAUUCCAAGCAGAAGAGUGAGCAGGCUGAUCUGCAUUUAGAAAGGCUGCUGUGUUGACAGUAUGGAAACUAGAAGCAAAAUGGGGAGACUGGAAGCAAAGAGCCCAAGUUUGGAGACUGCUACAAUGGUGGCAAGAAAUUAUUAGAAACUAAACUACGAUAGUGGCAGUGAAUAGAGAAAAAGGGUUAGAUUUAAACAACUGUGUUGAGAAGUAGAAUUUAAAAACCCUAACGAUCAGUUUGAUAUGAUAGGAAAGAUAGGAGUCUGGGUUAAUGCUGAAGUUGAUCACCCUGGGAGUUGAGUAAAUAGUGUUAACUUUGGUAGAGAUAGGGCAGGUAAGGAGGAGCAGCAGGCUUGAAAGGAAAGAUCUUGAGUUUAGCUUUGGAACUGAUAAGUUUGAGGUAACUCCAACUCACCUCAGAUGAAGUAGUCCGGUAGUAAGCAGUUGGAAAGUUAAAUAUAAAACUUAGCAGUGAGAUAUGGGCUGGAGACAUAGAGUUGGGAUACACUGGUAUAAACAUGACAGAUGAAGCUAUGGAAUUGGAAUUGGGGAGGAGGUAAAAUCAGACAAUGAGGAAGCAAAGAGAUAGAAGAGGAAGUUGGGGACGUCCUUACAAUUUCAUGUAGCUGUUAGCGGUACACACUGACAAAAACUGUGCAGGCUCAUAUGUUUAAAAAAAAAAACUUAGGUUUUUAAAAUUUUACUUUCUUUGACCAAUCUCAAAUGCAUCUGAAAUGAUUUUUAAUAAAAUUAUGUUGAAGAUUUUGCCAAAAUUCUGAAAUGCUUAAAUGGUCUAAGAAUAUUCUGGAUCUUUGCCUUUCGUUAGUUGAAUUUUUGUUUGGGCUGGAUAAUUUGUUUUUCAUUUUAUUUUACUUUGUUCUUCAUGAAAUUGACUGUGUUAGCUUCCUCUCUGACCAGUGCAAAUUUAUUGUAUUGCUCAAAGAAAUACUUUAAAUGUAAGAGCUUAUACAUUUCUUAUG